UGUUUCACCAAUUUAUCCUUCCCGUAUUAUUAUUAUCUAUUAAAACAGUGCAUGCGCAAACAACUAAUUGUCAAACAAUUUUAGAUUUAAUAUUAAUUGUUGACGAUAGUGGUAGUGUUGCUGUAUCGGAUUUUGAACGUGCCAAGUCGGCUAUGGCUAAUCUCACAGAACGUUUAAAUAUUGGUCCACACAGAGUACAUAUUAGUAUUAUAAAAUAUUCAACAACAGUGGAAGAUUCAUAUAUAUUUAGCAAAACUGGUACAAAUCAAUUAAAAGGUGCAAUUGUUAACGUUAUAAAAAAUUUAAAGUAUACUGGUGGUAGUACAGCAACGGGUGACGCUAUCUCUCGUGCAAGACAAAUUUGUGAUAGAGAAUGUCGUGAGAAAACAGAAGCUAUACCAAGAGCUGUUGUAUUAUUUACUGAUGGUAAUAGUAAUACUGGUAAACCGGUAGGGCAAGAAAGUGCGUUAUUGCGUGAACAAACGAAAGCAACUGUAUUUGCUGUUGGUAUUGGCAGCGGUAUUAAUGAACUUGAAUUACAACUGAUUGCAACAAAACCUUAUGAAACAUAUGUAUUACGUUUAAGUAAUUAUUUACAAUUAACACAAGUAAUUAAUGAAGUAACAAUCAUUGCAUGUAAAGUACCAGCAUUUAUUGAAGUAGGUGUAGUUUAUAAAAGCGAGGUUGAACAAAACACUUAUCGUUUUUAUCAGGCAGAAAUAAAAGGGUUAAGAAAUGGUAUGGGUGGUUUUAUGGAAACAGCUGUUAAUGUUACAGCAGGUGAUGUAAAAGUUUAUACAUCAUUAACUGAACCAAAUCCAACAAGUGAUAAUAGUAGACAAGCUAUUGCAGAAGGCAAACGACAACAACAAGAUGGUAAAUCAACAGUUGAUAUUUAUAUAGAAUAUAUACCACCUGGUAGUACAAAAUUUUACACAAGUUUUAAAGGUUUAAAUAAUCAAAAUAAAUAUACAUUUAAAUCAAAAAUAACAGAUUUAAAUGGUGGUGUAAUUGGUUAA